AUGAAGCCUCGUACAAAAAACAAUAAAAAUGUGAAGAUUGAUAAAAUAAAGCGGAAGGCCUAUUCAGAUGAAAAUUUACAAAAAGCCCUUGCAGAAAUUUCUAAAGGCAUGAGUAAAAAACUUGCUGCCAAAACCUUCCAAGUACCGCGUUCUACCAUACAAUUCCGGUUAAAAAAUCCAGAGCAUGGCUGUAAACCAGGCCCACCCACAAUUUUAAAUAACGAGGAAGAAGAGGCUUUAGUGACUUGGAUCAAAGUCAGUAGUAGAAAAGGUUUCCCAAAGAGAAAAGAGGAUUUGAUCAAAAGCGUUUCGGAAUUUCUAAAAAAAACUAAUCGGACGUCCACUUUUAAAAAUGGCGAGAAAUGGUUUAAGUUAUUUCUAGCCAGACAUCCUAGUCUUGCUUUCCGUACACCAGAAGCAGUUACAGCUGCCAGCUCGACAGUGUCAGAAAAUGAUGUUAGGGGAUGGUUUCGGCAAAUCAAUGACUACUUUGUUGAAAAUAAUUUGGGUCAUAUACUUUCUGACCCAGCGCGUGUAUUAAAUGGAGAUGAAACCAAUUUUGUGCUGUGCCCAAAAACAGAGAAAGCUGAAGGUAUCAAGAAAAGAAAAGAAGAAAGGGAGAGAAAGAAAUUAGAAAAAGAGAAACAACCGGCGCCAAAGAAACAAAAAAAAAAGAGGCCUAAAGACGAAAUAUCGAAAAUACUAUUUUCUGAGAAAUUUUAUAAGUUUGAUACUGAAAACAUUGUCGAAAAUAAAGAAAAUGAUCGGGAGUUAAUUGAUAUAAAUAGAAUGCAAGGAAGCAGUCAUAAUAAAGCUUACACCACGGACGAAAUAGAAAAAAUGUUGACUGAAUUAGAUGAUGAUGAUUAA